AAUCUCUUCCUCUGUUCUUUCGUUAUGAGCUGGAAGUUUUCAGUUUUUUUUUUUUGGCAAAAGGGUUUAUAGCUUUUAUUGGGGAUUAAAUGGCUGAACCAGUUUUUUUAGGAUUUUUGUUUUCUGGGUUUUAGGAAUUUGGUACUUUGUUUCUUUUUGUGUUUGGAUUUUAUGAGAGUGACAAUGAUUUGUCAAGCUUUAAGAGCAACACAUUUGAAAAAUUGGUGGUGGGUCUAAUAUGUUUUAGUUUGUCUAUUCUGCAAGUGUGUUUUACUUAAAAACUUUUGGUUUAUAAAACUUAUGUUUCCUUCGAUAACAUACAAAAUAUUCUGAUGUGCCUUACUUUGUGUAUUAGUGGGCGUUAGCGUAUUCAAUUUUUACUUCUUUUCAAAAAAUCUGUAUGUAGUUUUACAACAGGUAGUUCAAUGCUUCUGCUGCACAACCACAUGUUUUAAGAAAUCUAUCAUUAUUUGUAUCUGAUGAUUGAAAUUUUGGGGAUUUAGAUAUUUUGGCUGUAGAUUGUUGGUUGGUCAAAAUUGUGAAAGAUGAGAGAGUUUUUGUAUCAGUCAGAAACUCUAUUUGGAGAAAUAAUCCCAAAACUUUGUUCCCUUGAAUUGAUUGAUAGAGGUUUCCAUAAUGCGAUCUCUCUGGCAAUAUACUCUUGUAUAUUACAAAGUAAAGUCAUUUCAUGAAUAAUGUGUUUUCUUGAUUACCCUUUCGUACAACUGUCAGCAAAAUAAAGACAAAGAAAUGUUACAAACAUUUUGUUUGUUUCUCAUUGGAUAAUAGCUUCAGGGUCCACUCCAAGUUUCUCUGAGGAAGAGGAUUCUUUGAAAAUACGAGUAUAGAAGUGAAGUUGUAGAGCUUCUUCUGUCCAAGAGUCCUCUGAGAAACUUCGACAGUUUGCUAGUAACAUCUGGUGUUGUUAUGGACAUAAAAUCUGGUCACUCAUCUCCUGUAAUGACUGAUUCUCCACCGAUAAGCAAUGCAAGGUUAACCAUUCGUCAGAACAGACUCCCUUACUCUUCAGCAGCCGCGCUGUCACCGAACAGUAACCUUCUGCUAACCGUUCCUAGAAAGAAAACUGGAGUCCUUGAUGAUGUUAAGUCUAAUGGUUGGCUUGAUGCAAUGAAAUCUUCUUCUCCUCCUCCGUCUCUAGUUAACAAAGACAACUUUAGCAGUGAUGCCACAGAUAUGACUUAUCGCGAGUGGAUGCAGCUCAAGUAUCCAUCAGCUCUUACUUCUUUUGAGAAAAUCAUGAGUUUUGCAAAGGGUAAAAGAAUAGCACUGUUUCUUGAUUAUGACGGGACACUUUCGCCUAUAGUUGAGGAACCUGAUUGUGCUUACAUGUCAAGUGCUAUGCGUAGUGCAGUGCAAAACGUUGCCAAGUACUUUCCAACUGCGAUCAUUAGUGGAAGAAGCCGUGAUAAGGUGUAUGAGUUUGUUAAUUUGAGUGAACUUUAUUAUGCCGGAAGCCACGGGAUGGACAUCAUGAGUCCCGCAGGAGAAUCUUUGAACCAUGAACAUAGCCGUACUGUAUCAGUCAACGAAAAGGGGAAAGAUGUAAAUCUAUUUCAGCCUGCUAGCGAGUUUCUACCGAUGAUCGAUAAAGUGCUUUGUUCUCUUAUAGAGAGUACAAACGAUAUCAAAGGGGUCAAAGUAGAAGACAACAAGUUCUGCAUCUCUGUCCAUUACCGCAAUGUAGAAGAACAGAAUUGGGGAUUGGUUGCACAGUGUGUUGAUGAUGUCAUCAGAACAUAUCCAAAACUACGGCUAACACACGGUCGGAAGGUUUUAGAGAUCCGACCAGUGAUUGACUGGAACAAAGGGAAAGCUGUGACAUUUCUACUCGAAUCUCUUGGCCUAAGUAACUGUGAGGAUGUUCUUCCAAUAUAUGUUGGGGAUGAUCGAACAGACGAAGAUGCAUUCAAGGUACUACGAGAUGGACCGAAUCACGGUUAUGGUAUAUUAGUCUCUGCUGUGCCCAAAGACAGUAAUGCCUUUUACUCACUUCGUGACCCGUCUGAGGUGAUGGAGUUUCUGAAAUCAUUGGUGACAUGGAAGAGAUCAAUGGGUUAAGUAGUAGAAGAAGAAGAAGAUGUAGAAGAAAGUGUUAACGUUAAUAUAUAUAUAUGAUUUACAAAUAUGGAAGAAGUUAGAGGAUUAUUAUUGUUACUUUCGGCUUUAUACAAAUACCGUUGAGAUUUUUAUCUUAACGGUAUCGGAGGAGAGAUCAUAUGAAGGCUUUUCCAAACAUGCCGGAGAUCUUUUUUUUCCGAUCAAUUUCUUUAUCUUCUAUAACUGUAAAUCCUUCUUUUUAUCUUUGAUCUUCAUGUCCGAAUUAAUUCAAAAUCACUUUGUCUCAUCUUGGUUU